AUGGUCAAAGACCAAGAUAUCGUGGGGGAUGCCCUGGCCAAGGUGCUCCCCAAGCAUGACAAGCCUUGGUACAGAGUUGCUCAUCUUUUGGAGCUCAACCUGAUCCUCCUCGUUCCACUCCUGUCCUCUGCAACCGCUGGAUACGAUGGCUCGAUGAUGAACGGACUGCAAGCAACAAGUUCCUGGAAGGCCUUCUUCAAUCACCCCAGCGGCACGCAUCUCGGGGUUGUCAACGCAGCCCAGUCGAUCGGCUCGGUGGCCGUGCUCCCUAUUGCCUGGCCGCUGUCGGACUGGCUGGGUCGCCGAUGGACCCUUCUCAUUGGGGUCAUCGCCAUCAUCGUCGCCUCCAUCAUCCAAGCCGCUUCCGUCAACUACGGCAUGUUCACCUUCUCCCGGAUUCUCGCGGGCGCGGGGAGUAUCAUCGUCACUCAGCCGUCGCCCAUCUUGAUAUCGGAACUUUGUUACCCCACCCACAGAGGCAAAUACACCUCUCUUUUCUGGACUCUGUAUUAUUUUGGGUCUAUCCUCGCAUCUUGGAGUACGUACGGUACGCAGAAGCACAUCGGUGACAGUAACUGGGCCUGGAGGACUCCGUCACUUCUCCAAGGAGCUUACCCGUUGGUGCAACUGUGCUUCUUCUGGUGGGUGCCCGAAUCACCUCGAUGGCUUGUCGCCAAGGGACGACACGAAGAAGCGCGACGAACGUUGGCCAGAUUCCACACCGAUGGCGACGAGGAGCACCCGUUGAUCGAAUUCGAGAUGACAGAAAUCUCCCGCGCCAUCGAGACAGAGAAAGAAACCGUUGGAACUGGGUGGUCGACACUCUUCAAGACUCCCGGCAAUCGUCGGCGCAUGUUCAUCGUCACCUUCAUCGGCGCGUUUGCACAGUGGAACGGCGUGAGUGUUGUGAGCUACUACCUGACGUUGGUCCUCGACACUGUUGGCAUCAAGGACUCUGACACCCAGACGCUCAUCAAUGGGCUCUUGCAAAUCUGGAAUUUCUGGGCCGCCGCAUCCGCUGCAUUUUUGGUGGACCGACUUGGGCGACGAAGCUUGUUCAAAUGGUCUGGGAUUGGAAUGCUCCUGUCCUUCUCGUCCUGGACGGCUUGUUCCGCCGUGUUUGACAUUAAAGGCGACAACUCCGCCGGCAUCGCUGUCGUGGCUUUUAUUUUUAUCUUCUUCUUUCAUUAUGAUAUAUGCUACACGCCAUUGCUGUACGGAUACACGACCGAGAUCCUCCCAUACUCGAUCCGGGCAAAAGGGCUGAUCUUGGAAAUGUUUGCCAUCUACGGCUCGCUCAUCGUUCUGGCGUUCUGCAACUCGAUCGCCCUGGACGCUAUCGGCUGGAAGUACUACUUGGUGUUCGUCAGCAUCCUCGUCGUCGGCAAUGUGGUGUCCUGGCUAUUCUUCCCCGAAACCAAAGGCUUUACGUUGGAAGAGGUGGCUGAGAUCUUUGACGGCGUCAACGUGCGAGCCGACGCCGAGUCUGUGCUCGCGCACGAAACCGCCAGCACGGCGGAGAAAGCCCCCAAUACCGAACACAUUGCGAAGAUAUGA